AUGAGAAAAUUGGAAAAAGAGAGAUUAUAAACACCAUUUGUUUGCUAUUAGUUUAGAGUAAAGAAACUUAGAACAUUUGUUAAACGAACCAGUUACAAUUCGCAUUCAUUUAUUAAUAAUUCAAAGGUCUAAUCUAAAGAAUAGACUCAAUAUGAUAAUAAAAAAAGAAAUAACAGCAGUUACGAUUUUGUAUAGCAUAUCAAUCAAGUGGAGUUGAACGUGUAAAACAAGGAAGUAGAUUCUUUAUUUAGACCUAUGCAAGAUAGAAGACAAAAGACUCCUUUAAAAAUGAAAUUAUAAUAACUGGAAUAUGGGAGAAAUUAUCAAAAAUUAGUAGAUAAAAUAAUAGAGUUAGAUAAGAAUCCUAUCAAUUUUAAAAAGAAUCUAUACAUCUGA